AUGCCGAUCGACAGCGACGAGAUCACUCAAUCCUCACAGGCUCGUGGCACUCCUCGCACUCCCGUCUUUGAGGGGUGCUCCCCCUCCCCUCUCGCCCCCUCCUACGCCUCUGCUGCCGCUGCUCUCGACUACCUUGGUGCUGAGGAGGUCGGGGCUGCUUCCGCUCCUAGUGGGAGGCGUCGCAGCAGCCGGAGCGGCAAGGAUGGUGGGGGAGGUGGGGGUGGCAGUGGAGGGGGCGGCGGUGGUGGUGGCGGGGGUGGUGGAGGAGGUGGGGGUGGUCGGGAUGGUGGCGGCGGUAGGGGAGGAGGCGGUGGUACCGGGAGCAGUGGCGGUGGCAGCGGCGGUAGUGGGGGAGGAGCCAGUGGUGGUGGCAGCAGUGGUGGCCAGGGGCAGCAGCAGCAGCAGCAGCAGCAGCAGCAGCAGCAGCAGCAGCAGCAGCAGCAGCAGCAGCAGCAGCAGCAGCAGCAGCAGCAGCAGCAGCAGCAGCAGCAGCAGCAGCAGCAGCAGCAGCAGCAGCAGCAGCAGCAGCAGCAGCAGCAGCAGCAGCCGCAGCAGCAGCAGCAGCGACAGCGCCAGGCCCCCACGACCCAGCAGCUCCAUGACUGCUCUAGGUGCUAG